AUGGGCUUGAUAAAACGGGUAUCAAACUGGUCUCAGGAUGGGAUGUUUGAUUACCUUUCGGUAAACCCAACGCGGGAAGAAGUGGCACAUUACAGAGUGGAUCCUGAAGAUGAGAGUGAUAAUUCAAUCUCAAAGCUGAACGUUGUGAAGGACUUUGAUAACAUAACCUGCAUAGACUACUCGGAAACUGACAUAGGUUUGGUAGGUGUCGGUGAGAAAAAUGGUAUGGUACGUAUCUUAAACAUGAUUUACGAUUUCUCUGGACAUGGAACUACUCAACUCCAAGUUAGAGCUAAACAGCAGAGAGCUGUGAAUGCUUUAGGAAUGAGCGCCAGUGGCUUGAUAGCUAUGGGGAUGGAGCGAAACCGUCACGAUUCCUCCUUGCAAGUAUGGGACGUCAACUACCAAAGCACAGACUCGAACGUGGUAAAUCCAUCUUUCUCCUACUGCCUCAACGAGACAGUGGUAUCGUUGAAGUUUCUUGAUGAUACGACAUUGAUAACAGGGACAAAUAAACUUUUGAAGGAAAUUGAUUUGAGAUCGCCGCACCCGGCGUAUCAACAUCCAACACGAAUAUCAUAUGAUAUUAAAAUUAAUCCCUUUAAAUCAUGGCAAUUCACCACUUAUGGAGACGACGGAACUCUUGCAAUUUGGGAUAGACGUAAGCUAGGCCUCAGCCCUUCCUCGAAUGAUUCUUUAGAAACUCAACCACUGCUGAAAUUCGACAAGCUCAUGGGAGCGGGUGCCGCCUCCAGAAAGUAUACUAACUCCUGCUUUCGAUGGUCUGCUGUCCGUGGAGACGAGUUCACAACUCUGCACGGUGGCCAAUUAAUAAGGAGGUGGAGAUUGGGUAGCUACCCAACCACUCUAGGUGAGGACAACUCCAAUGGAAGCUCCCGGCCUCCGACUGAGAUUGACUCUCUUUUUGUUUCUACGGUCCAUGACAUUAAUACUACUUAUGACAGAGUGACGACUUUCGACUAUAUUCCAAGAGAUGAUGGAUCUACUAACUUUAUUUGCAUGAGACAAUCCGGUACCAUCUACCGGAUGUCGCUGAAAGGUGGCGCUUCGAUAGCCAAUUUCAAUUGUGACAACAAUCUUAUUAUGGCAAACAAUGACCGCCCUAAUGUGACAGAACUGCAGAUCGCAAGUAUGAAUGAAAAAAUCAGCACUGUCAGGAAGAAAACGGCAUCAAAAAAUUUGUCUUUUGAGGACCUCGACUUGAGCGACGAAGAUGUUGAGGCCAGCGAAAGGGAGAUAGAAGAUGAAACUACCGACCUUGAGACUUCGGAUGGCAAUUUCAAAAAAGGCGAAGGUCCAGAAGUUUUGCGAAAGCGCACUUCAUCCGAUGAAGCCUUUGUAGUUCUUUUGAAACCUGAGAUUUUACUCCAAAACGACAUUAGCAUGAUAAUCAAGAGACGUGCUUUGCUCAACUAUGGAUUAGACCCCUUGAAAACGGUCGAGCUCAUCGAUAGCUCUAAAUCACUACAGAACAAUGCAUAUAUCAGGAAUACAUGGAGGUGGCUUUCCAUCGCUAAGGCGUCUGACGAUGACGGAACUAUGGUUUCUGGCGAACUGGAUCUAGGUUACGAAGGUAUACUUGGCAUUUGGAACGGGCUAGAUGGGCUAUCGAAGCAAAACAGAUACCGCGAGGGCACGAUUUUAACAGAAAAACAGUUAAGCAGAGAGCUCGAGAAAAUUAUAAGAACAAGAGGAAAAUACAAAUCCAAAAUGGGCGAGUCAAAAGGCUUGCUUACAUUUACAAACUCUUCUAAACCAGUUCAGCGAAAACUAUGCAUGAUUAUAUCAGGCUGGGACUUGAACCCUUCUGAUUAUGAGGAAAAGUAUAAGAACCUGAUUAAAGCUGAUCAUUACGAGAAAGCUGCUGGGUGGGCGGUAUUCUUUGGGGAUGUUACUAAAGCUAUAGAAAUUUUGAGUUCCGCCAAGAAAGAACGGCUCAGAUUAAUUGCUACAGCAAUUGCAGGUUACCUAGCGUAUAAGGAUCAACCUGGAAACAAUGCCUGGAGACAACAAUGCAGAAGGAUGUCAUCUGACUUGGAUGAUCCUUAUCUUAGAGUGAUAUUUGGAUUUAUUGCAGAUGACGAUUGGUGGGACAUUCUUUCUGAGUCAGCUAUUUCUCUCCGAGAAAGGUUAGGUGUUGCGUUGCGGUUUUUGAACGAUAAAGACCUGACACGAUUUUUGGAAAGCACAGCAGAAUCUGUGAUCGCAAAUGGCGAGCUAGAGGGUUUGAUACUCACUGGCAUUACUCCCAGGGGGAUUAACUUGUUACAGUCUUACGUCAACAAAACGAGCGAUGUUCAAACUGCCGCUUUGCUCUCGAUAUUUGGGUGUCCUCGUUACUUCGAGAGCACACAGGUUGAGGAAUGGGUGCAGACUUAUCGCACGAUGCUGAAUUCUUGGGAAUUAUUUUCAGUAAGAGCCAAGUUCGAUGUGCUGCGAGGCAAACUCUCUCGCACAGCAAAUAACCCAGCACCAAGUGGGUGCCGACAACGUCAAUUGUAUAUCCAGUGUCUGAAAUGCAACAAAAACAUAAAUAAUCCAGUGGAACCUGCUUUCAAUGCCCGAGGCUCAAGUUCAGCCCCAGGUGUAAUGAAAAGUUUUGGGAGUGGCCGCCCUGCAAGAAAGUUUGGCCUAAACAAUGCUUCGCCCUCAAAUACUGCAUUCCAGAAGCAUUCAUGUCCGCAUUGCGGUACGCCAUUCCCUCGAUGUGCCAUCUGUCUCUUACCCUUGGGUACGGCCAAUUUGCCCAUUGUAAUCCGUGGCGCGUCUCCAGAGACCAAGGCUCAGGAAAAUGAUCCGCACAAUACGCAAGAGGCUCGCAGGCUCAAACUCAAUGAGUGGUUUAGUUUCUGUUUAACUUGCAACCAUGGAAUGCAUGCUGGCCACGCUGAAGAAUGGUUUGAGAAGCACCUUACUUGCCCGGUUCCGGGAUGCUCUUGCCGCUGCAACACUUAG